CUUUUGUUGAAGCGACAUCAUCCCCAGCAUCAACCAUUUGAACACCCAGAAAGCAAGGCGUUUUUCAUUGCAUUCGUCAGUAUCAGGCGUCAAGCCCAGCAUUCUUGCGUUGGAAAAAUGGCCAAACCUCGCGGUCCUAUUCUCCAAUUGCGCGUUAAUGCCCCGCAAGGAAGCCGCACUGUGGUUAUCCCAAAGUCCUUCAGUUUCUGGAAUUUGCACCGCGUCAUUCAAAUUGCGUUUGCGCCAGGCAUUCAGGAUGCUACUAUUGAGAAAAGGACUUACGAAUACAAGCAAGGAGAGACAAAGCCGAAAAAAGGAAAGAUGACCAAAAUGGAUUGCCUAUCCUUGAACGAAGGAGAAAAGUUUGAAUACAGCUGCAAUGGAGUUGACUAUACGAUCGAAGUAGAAACCGCUGUGGAGAAUGGCGAGAUCAACAACUUUAUUCCUCGAUGUAUUCACGGUGAUGGCGAAAAAUUGGAGCUAGAUGCCGUAAACAAGAAGCUCAUGUUCAAGAGGUUUGGAAUGAAUCCUUCCAUGAAUAAGAAGCCCCGCCAGGCACCGAAAAUCAUUGUCAUGGCAGGUGAACCGGAUUAUAUGAUUUGGAAAACGUACAUGAACGCUAUGCGCGUUCCCGCCCGUGCUGCUGAAGAAUAUUGAUACCCCAGAGCGAUCUCCCCUUAUUCGCCUAUAUCGUAAGAGUGUAUAUCGAUUGGCCCCCUUUUCACCCAUAUUUUCGAAUCUUGUAUAAUUGUUCUCGCGACCCGCAUUUUUGUUGAAAUAUAUACUUCCGGACCUUGAGCCGAUACUCAUAUAUUGCCCAA